UUAAUUCGCCGGGUUGUUCCGUGUCAAUGUCACGGCAUAAAUACUUUAUUGUGACGUUUUGUUGUAUGGUGCAAUUCCGUGUGUGACCGCAUAGAUUAGCUCUGUCACAUUAUCUACGGAGCUUUGAUGCUAUUAAAGUUGGUGGCGCUGAGCGCGUGUAUCGAAAAAGCUUAUAAUUGCUUGUUUCUUUGUUACGAUUGUCAUGUUUAACAUUUCCGAAUUGGAAAUAAUCUCGUUGGAGCAGCUCGAUUCGAAGUAUGGCUAAGACCAAAACAAUUAGCAAAGGAUGCCCCAAAUGCGAACAGCAGGUACCUGUUGCCUGCAAAGCUUGUCCCUGUGGACAUUCCUUCUUCAAUGCUCGACGCAAUUCUAUCAAAAGCCCUCCUAGCCCUGAUGGUGGAGUAAUGAAGACAAGAAGAACGAAUCGAAUUAAACGGGAGAAACCAAAUUAUUAUGAUGCUUUGGAAUACGACAAACAAAUGAAGAAAAGUGCUAAGAUCAGGCGGACCACUGACAAUACAAAUGAUAUUGAUUGUCGACAGUUAAAUAAGAAGAAGAAACGAAAAGGGAAAGGGAAGGGCAAAAGUGGCAGUAACAGUGGUAUGGGUGAUGAUGAUGAUGAAAUGGAUGGAAUCAAUGGAUUAUCUCCAGAAAAGCAACUUACUUGUUCUCUUAUAUUGCAAGAAUUAAAUAACAAGAUGAGAGUGGUAGCCUGGAAGCCUACGUGAAGUCUAUGCAAUAUAGAUAUAUAUUUAUCUUUGACGAUCUCAAUGACUAUUAAUCUGAUGUGAUUAUUUUGCUAUAUGUGAUGAUGAUGUGCAAAUGGAAGAGUUCAUUAUGUGUGCAUUGAUCUAUGAAAAUUUAAGUUACCAAACUUAUAUAAAUUUGAGUAUCUAUACUGAAAUAACUGCCAUAAUAGGCUCUCUCUCCAAUUGGUGAUAAUUUAUGUCAUCCUUAUGAAUUUAUUUUUUUUUUUAUUAUGAUUAAGAAUAUUGUUAUUUUCAAAGUAUCUGCAUAUGAAAUGAACUUAUAACCUUAGAUUAUAUAUCCUAUUUGUAUUCCAUAUUCCACAUUUAGCGCUAAAUACAAUUAUCUAACACUUGAAAUUAUUUUUUAAAUUAUAUUUGGCAGGAAAGUCUUAGAUAAUACUGAACAAUCGGAUUUAUAAUCAAACUGCCAUAUAUAUAUAGCGCUCAAUGUAGAAUAUAAAUACUAACUUUAAUAUGAACAAAAUCUUUCGAGAUUAUUUAUAGCAAUCAUUAUAUUUAUAUAUAUCUUUUGAAGAUUAAAAGACGAAAUACGUAAAAGUAA